AAAUUUCCUUAAACGAUUAGAAAGUUUUUAAAAACAUUACCUACAUGUAUAAUUUAUAUGUGAGUUUAACGACUUUAUACAUAAUUUAUAUGUAAGUUGACGUAAUCAUUUGUUUAUAAUAACUAAAAUCGCCUAGUGAGACGACCACGUCGAUGAUGGAACUCCACGAACCUCUCUAAUGCACUCACUUUUAAAAAAUAUCUCUCUCUAUGAGUCUAUAUAAACACCAAUCCCCGAUCAUAUUUAAACAUCAGAAAACAAUCAAACAACCACAACAGCAAAAAAUGGCGGCUUCUGCGACCAAACAGUCUCUGUUGUUGUUGGCGUCUCUUCUGGUCUUGAUCGGCGUAACCACCGGAAGUUUCUACGACAGCUUCGAUAUCACUUGGGGAGCUGGUCGUGCUAAUAUAUUCGAGAGUGGACAACUCUUGACUUGCACUCUCGACAAGAUCUCCGGUUCAGGUUUUCAAUCGAAGAAAGAGUAUUUGUUCGGAAAGAUCGAUAUGAAGAUGAAACUUGUCGCUGGAAAUUCUGCCGGAACCGUCACAGCUUACUACCUUUCUUCAAAAGGUGAGAAAUGGGAUGAGAUCGAUUUCGAGUUCUUGGGUAACGUUACCGGACAGCCUUAUGUUCUCCAUACAAAUGUGUUUACCGGAGGUAAAGGUGACCGCGAAAUGCAGUUCUAUCUCUGGUUUGAUCCCACUGCGGAUUUCCACACUUACACCGUCCUUUGGAAUCCUCUUAACAUCAUCUUUCUUGUGGACGGGAUCCCAAUCCGGGUGUUCAAGAACAACGAGGCUAACGGCGUUGCUUACCCGAAAAACCAACCAAUGAAGAUCUACUCGAGUCUUUGGGAAGCUGAUGAUUGGGCCACACAAGGCGGGAGAGUCAAGAUCGAUUGGACUAACGCUCCAUUCAGCGCUUCCUACAAAAGUUUCAACGAUGUGGACUGCUGCAGCCGGACCUCGAUAUGGGACUGGGUUACCUGUAAUGCGAAUAGCAACUCGUGGAUGUGGACUACGCUUAACGCAAAUCAGCUUGGACAGCUGAAGUGGGUGCAAGAUGAUUAUAUGAUCUAUAACUAUUGUACAGAUUUCAAGAGGUUCCCUCAAGGUUUACCCACGGAAUGCAACCACAAUUGAUCGUAUUACCAAGAAAAUUCAAGCACUUGAUGCUGUUUAUUUCUUUCUUUUAAUUUUCAUCUCAUACAUGUUGAUUUAUUUGUUAUUCUUUUGAGUUCCAAAGAUUUAUUUCCCAUUUUGGGUAAAUUGAUUAUUUGUUUUGUCAUUGU